AUGGAAAUAAAAUUAAAUUUUAAAUCAUUAUUUUAAAAAGCAGAUGGAAUAAGAGAGUAUGAUUAAAUAAAAUAUUAAGAAAAUCCAACAGCAUCCCUCAGAAAUAGAGUUAAUAUUUGUGUAAUUAAUAAAUUAAUAAUUAAAUGAGAGUAUAAACUCUACCAUUAUAAUUUUCUACAUUACAUUAAACAAUAACAAAAGAAAGAGAAAAAAUGAAAACUAAAUUAACAAAAGUUUUAGAACAUGAUUGA